UCGUCACGUCCGGUUCCGGGUGUGGGGGAAGUGCUUCCGCGGCGGCGCGGCCCCGAGGUGACCGCGGCGGGCAUGGGGGCGCACCUGGCCCGGCGCUACCUGGGCGGCGAGGACGUGGAGCCGGACCCGCUCCGCAUGCCGAGCUUCGACCCGGAGCUGGGCUUCGCGGAGCGCAAGGAGCGGGUGAUGGUAGCGACGCAGCAGCAGAUGAAUGACGCUCAGCUGCCCCUGGAUCAGCGCGACUACUGCGCCCACUACCUCAUCAAGCUGAUGAAGUGCAAGCGCGACAACUUCCCCAACUUCCUGGCCUGCCAGCAUGAGCGGCACGACUGGGACUACUGCGAGCACCUUGACUACGUGAUGCGUAUGAAGGAAUUUGAGCGGGAGCGGCGCUUGCUGGUGAGGAAGAAGAGGCUGGAGCAGGAGAAGGCGGCUGGAGCAUAGCAAAGCCCCGUGUCCCCAUCCACAUGAGAGGCUGGAGGAAUCCUCUACUUGUGUCAUAUGUAAGGGAAUAAAUAAUGGCUCAUCA